AUGAAGCGUAGUAUGUCCGAAAAGUAUGUGAAAGAAAUUUUGGAGAAGCUCGAAGAAAUUGAGAAACUGCACGCGAAGUUGCGCAGUUUGGUGCCACGCGUAAAAGAUCAUGAAUGGAGAGAUAUGAAAAAUGAAAGUAAAAAGAAUUAUUUAGAACAAAAAUCUAUCAAUAUCUGUCGGAAUUCAGAAAUUAUAAGAAACAUGUCUAAAGAUUUAACAACAAAAAUAAAAAAGUUAUACGAUCCAGAUACAAAACCUAUGAAAUAUCUUAUUAAGUUUAAGAAUCAUUCUAAUAAUAAGUGGAAAAAUUUUAAAAACUAUUUAUUAACUAUGAACGAAUCUGACAUUGUAGUGGUAAACAGAGCUUCCCAAGUGUCGAAUGAUGAUUUAGCAAGUAAUACUUCAGAAAAAACAAUUUCUUCUGCAAUUCCUUCUCUAAAAGCCAAUCAUCUGUUUGAGAAAAGAAGAUCCACAUUGCAAGAUCUACCAGAACGGUUAUUAAAAUAUUUUGGUUACUGUCAUGAUUCUAACUUUGUAAAUGAAACUAUAGUAUCGAUACACGAUCAUAGUUUAGGUGAAGAUGAACCGCAUAAAGUGCAUAAAACAUUAAUCAUUCCGGAUGAGAAAACGGAAACAUUAAAAAUCAUUUCAUCCGUAAGAAGAAUCUAG